AUGACGCAGCCUUCCACUAUCAAGCAAAGAUUCCUCUCCAAGCCCAACCAGCUGGGCGUGGUUGCGGUGGGCUUCAACGGCGGCCAGUGCAAAACUGGCGUUGAAGCCGCCCCCAUGGCCUUGAUCGAAGCUGGUCUUCUCACUCAGCUCCGCGAGGACCUCGGGUACGACCUGCACUAUGACAACACCGUUCACUACUACGAAAACCACAUCCCUGCGUCAGACCCCGACCACCGGGGGAUGAAGAAACCCCGCACCGUGAGCGCGGUGACGGAGACGCUGAGUACGCAGGUCUACAACCACGCCAAGGAGGGCAAGUUCGUGCUCACCCUCGGUGGCGACCAUUCCAUCGCCAUUGGUACCAUCUCCGGCUCCGCGAAGGCCACCCGCGAGCGGUUGGGCCGCGAGCUGGGCGUCAUCUGGGUCGACGCCCAUGCCGACAUCAACGUGCCCGAGAUGAGCCCCAGCGGCAACAUCCACGGCAUGCCCAUGGCCUUCCUGACCCGUCUGGCCCGUGAGGAGAAGAAGGACAUCUUCGGCUGGCUGCAGGAUGAGCAUCUCGUGAACGUGAACAAGCUGGUGUAUAUCGGUCUGCGCGAUGUCGACCGCGGUGAGAAGCAGCUCCUGCGCGAACACGGCAUCAAGGCCUUCAGCAUGCACGAUGUCGACCGUUAUGGUAUCGGUCGCGUGGUCGAGAUGGCCCUGGCACACAUUGGAAACGACACCCCCAUCCAUCUCUCGUUCGAUGUCGAUGCGCUAGACCCGCUCUGGGCCCCCAGCACGGGUACCCCCGUGCGUGGCGGUCUGACUCUUCGUGAGGGUGACUUUAUCUGCGAAUGCGUGCACGAGACGGGCAACCUGGUGGCGAUGGACUUGGUCGAGGUCAACCCGAGCCUGGAGGAGAAGGGCGCAUCGGAGACUAUCCGCACGGGAUGUUCGUUGGUUCGUUCGGCUCUGGGUGACACCCUUCUGUGA